CCAGUGACAACAAGAGACAGGGCGACGAGGAAUUCGGCUGGUGGAAGAGUUAAUCCCUAAAAGACUAAGGUGUGUUGCAGAAUGGCCAAAGAGGACAGCCCAAGUGCCUCAAAGGACUUGCAGGAGCUGCAGAGGAAGCUGUCUUUGCUCAUAGAAUCUGUCCAGAAUAACUCGAAGGUGGUUGCCUUCAUGAAGUCUCCAGUGGGCCAGUACCUGGACCGCCACCCUUUUGCGGCCCUCACCUUGCUGGUGUUUGUUGUAAUGUCGGCCGUUCCUAUUGGCUUCUUCCUGCUCCUCGUGGUACUUACCUCCCUGGCUGCCUUUGUGGGUGUCAUGUUACUGGAAGGUACUUGCUCAGUUAUUUGCCCCCUUGGAAAAAUGACUCAGCUGGGAGAACACUGUUUAUUGGGCAUCUGCAACUCUGGUCAAAGGUCCCUACUCUUGUCAAAAUCACAUGGACCACGGCCGCUUGUCAGAGUAGUUAAAACACGGGCUCCGGAGUCUGCAUUAGAAUUUGCACUCCCAGUGCAAUGUUGGACCAGUUCUAUACCCUCACUGAGCCUCAGAUUCCUCUUUGUGAGGCAGGGACAUAACAUGCUGUCUCAGGGUUGUUGUGAGGAUUGGGACUGACAUUUCGUGAAGUGUUUAGCACAGUCCACAGACAGGGCAGCCUCUCCGUGAAUGCUGACCAUUGUCCAACAGAGAGGCCAUCACGCCAGCCAGUCACUGCGCGCCUGCUGCCUGCUGUGCCUUGCGAGGUACUGCGGUUCCCCUUCUCCCCUUUUGUCCUGACGUUCCAGUGCCAACUCUCAGCUUCCUCCUGUGAUGCUAAGUUAACGUCACCCAGAAAGCAGAUCUGUUUGGCUCAGUUUGCCUUUUCAAGUCAGAUCACAAGCCACAACAUGCUAGCCAGAGGGAUGGUUGGCAGUGGGUCAGGCAGUCACCUGCGGUCCCUGCUGUGGCUUCUCAGAGCUAAGAGCACCCAGAAUUGUUUCCCUGCCCUGGGGACUGGACGAGGCAGUUUAUACUUGAAGAAGGUAGGCAUGGUGGGCGAUGAGCCAACUACCUCCUGGCAGAGUGGUCAUUCAGUAAGUAUUGAUGGGCAGGUGGGCGAGUGAAUGAAUGGUGGAGGGAUGAAUGAGUACUGGGACAAAGUGAGUUUAGAGAGAGAGGUGGGUCCCCUUUAUUUUGGUGACAAAGCUUUACAGAAGGCAGGGCUUGAAGAUGUGCGAUAACGUCAUUUCCUUUGGGUAAGGAAGGGCUUUCUAGGCCGGAGGAACAGCAUGUGCAAAGCCUUUAGAGCAGUGGUUCUCGGACUUGGGUGUGCAUGAGUCUUGCUUUGUGAAAAUGAUGACUUCAGGCCUCAUCCAGAGAUGAGGUCUGAGGUAGGGUCCAGAAAUCUGAAUUU